GGAAGCUCCCCCGCCAGGGGCCGGAGGCUGCUCGCCCCGCCGGCGCCAUCGCGUCCUCUCCCGGGGCUCGGCUCGGAACCCUGGAGCCACGACCACACUAUGAUGAAGCACUGGGGGACUUUGAUGGUGGAAUACGUCAUGAGCCCCCCGAAAAGCUAAGUGUUCUUGUUAACACUCCUCUGUCCCACUGCCUUUUUGGCCAAAUUCCCAGGUUCCGAAUGGCACCUGACACCCUGUUCUGGUGUGAGAAGAAAUGUUCUGAAUCUGGGACCUUCAGGAGAAUGAGAACAAGGGAGUCCUGAGAGGCCCCUGCUCAGGUGCCAGCACUAAGAUAGAGAACAAGAAGUCUGCUGCAAAGCAGAAGAUGUGUGCAGGAUUUGAUGCACAUACAACUAUGCUGGCAGGACUUCCAAGAGCCAUUCCCCAUGACCCUAACUUGAGGGAAAACUCUGCAUGUGAGGGCAGCUCAGAGAGCCUGAUGGAAAGCCUAGCAGGCACAAGCAUAGAGGAGAGAGAGGGAAAUCAGGUGACCGCUGGUCAGAAAGCUUGGAGGGGCAACAAUGAUCCAAGCUUAAAAACUGAGCUGACAAUUCAGAGAGAUGCUUUGGAAGAGAAAGCUCAUACUUGCGAUCCAUGCGACCCAAGCUUUAAACAAAAUGCCGAAUUUAGAAAAAAUCAGAGACUCCCAAGUGUGAAGAAAGCCUAUGAAUGUAAAGAGUGUGGAAAAACCUUCCGAGGGCGAUCCAGCCUUAUUGACCAUCUUAGAAUUCACAGUGGAGAGAAACCCUAUGUGUGUCUUGAAUGUGGGAAGGCCUUCAUGCAAAAUUCAAGCUUUAUUAACCAUCGGAGAAUUCACACCGGAGAGAGACCCUACAAAUGUAAUGAAUGUGGCAAAGCCUUCCGGCAAAGAUCCAGUUUUAUUAAUCACAAGAGAAUCCAUAGUGGAGAGAAGCCCUAUGAAUGUAAUGAAUGUGGGAAGACUUUUAGGGGAAGCUCAGACCUUAUCAAACAUCGUAGAAUUCAUAGUGGAGAGAAGCCCUAUGAAUGUAGUGAAUGUGGCAAAGCCUUCCGAGGUAGCUCAGCCCUUCUGGAACAUCAGAGAAUUCACAGAGGAGAAAAACCCUACAAAUGUCAUGAAUGUGGCAAAGCUUUUAGGUGGAGUUCAUACCUUAUUCAGCAUCAGAGAAUUCACAGUGGGGAGAAACCCUAUAAGUGCUUUGAAUGUGGAAAAGACUUUAGGGGGAGAUCUCACCUGAUUCGACACCAGAGAAUUCAUACAGGAGAAAAGCCCUAUGGAUGUAAUGAAUGUGAAAAAGCCUUCAGGGCUAGUUCAGAUCUAAUUCAACAUCAGAGAAUUCACAGUGGAGAGAAACCUUAUGAGUGCCAUGAAUGUGGAAAAGCAUUCAGAUUGAUUUCAACCUUUAUCAACCACCAGAGAAUACACAGUGGAGAAAAGCCCUAUGAGUGCAUCAAAUGUGGGAAGGCUUUCAGAAGGAAUGCGUACCUGAUUCGGCAUCAGAGAAUUCAUAUGGAAGGAAAACCAUAUGGUUGUCAUGAAUGUGGAAGAGCUUUCAGAGGGAGCUCAGCCCUGAUUGAGCAUGAAAGAAUUCACAGAGGAGAGAAACCCCAUGAGUGUCCCGAAUGUGGGAAAGCCUUUAGGGCAAGCUCAGUUCUUAUGGACCAUCAGAGAAUUCAUAGUGGGGAGAAACCUUAUGCAUGUCAUGAAUGUGGGAAGGCCUUUAGGUGGAGUUCAGAUCUUAUUCAACAUCAGAGAAUUCAUAGUGGGGAGAAACCUUAUAAAUGUAAUGAGUGUGAGAAAGCCUUUAGGAGAAGCUCUGACCUCAUUAAGCACCAGAGAAUUCAUAGCGGAGAAAAGCCUUUUGAAUGUAAUGCCUGUGGAAAAGCUUUUAGUGGGAGUUCAAACCUUAUUAGACAUCAAAGAAUUCAUAUUCGAGAAUAAUCCCAUCAACUAAAUGAAUAGAGAUGAGGACCAAACUUCUGAUUUCAGUGGUAUAGGGAACUCCCAGGUGAGUAAACUCCUUCUGCUGAAACAGAAUAACACCUCUGCAAUUUACUAAAUCUUAGAGGGUUGCCUAAAGGACUAAGAGAUUAAUCAGUUUACCCAAGGUCACAGUCAGGAUGUUCGAGAAGGUCUUCCAGCUCUCCACACAAAUAUACAUUGUGAGUUAUUCCAUCAGAUAUGUGGCUUUUUUACAUUUGGAGUCGGGAAGACAACUUGAAAUCAUGACUUACUAGCUGUGUGGUCCUGGGCAAGGCAUUUCACUCCUGUCAGCCUCAGUUUCCUCAUCUACAAAAUGAGGGUGUUAGAUUUGACGGCCGCUAAGCCUAUGAUCCUAUUGUAUUAGAAUCCAUUCAAUAAAGAAACAUUUGUUAACCAUCUAACAUUUACUGAACAGUUCUAGACACGAGAGAUUCUAAAAUAGGAUGUGGCACUUACAUGAUAGCGGGGAGAUACGGCAUAUAACAGGGAACUGUAAUACAUGAUGACCUCAGUUUUAGCCACUAAGGAAUGGGUGUGUGUGGGUGUGCGUGUGUGAGUGAGUGAAUAAGUGACUAUAGGAGCUCAUUUAACCUACUAAGGUAUGGGAGGGUCAUGCAUCAGUAGAAGAGGGUCAGGAAAAAUGGCAUGAGGAAUGUUUGUGUAGUUGAAGUUCCAAUGGGUGGGAGAAGUAUGAAGCAAGCAUGGCCUCCCAGUUUAGAGAUGAGUUGGCAUCUGAGCCUUGGGAGACCUAGAAAAGCUCCCUGGGUGCUGGACCAACGUCUUUGUAACCUUUCUGUGUGUCUCUUAACUGUAUAAGAAAAGAAUGCUCAAUAAAAACUGUUGAGUUCUCA